ACAUAACCCGUCACCCUAUCUCGAAUCACCCACCAUGUGAGCCGCACAUCAAGCAAGAAUACACCCCGGCUGGGACCGUCAUUCUUGUCACCAAUUCACCAUUAAUCCGACUCCAAAAUGCUACUCCUCGGCCUAACGGGCUCUAUCGCAACCGGCAAAUCCACCGUUUCCUCGCUCCUCUCUAAACCACCAUUCUCCCUUCCUAUCGUCGAUGCCGAUCUCAUCGCGCGCCAGGUCGUCGAGCCCGGCACCGCUGGAUACAAUGCCAUCGUCCGCUACUUCAGCCCCUCAACGCCAGACCUCCUUCUCCCAGAUGCGGGACCCAAAGGACGGCCGCUGAACCGACCCGCGCUUGGUCGGCGGGUCUUUGGACACGGUGAGGAGCGUGAGAGGGACAGGAAGGUGCUGAAUGGCAUCGUCCAUCCGGCGGUACGGAAAGAGAUGUAUAAACAAAUGGUGUGGGCGUACUUGAAGGGACAUUGGGCUGUUGUUCUCGACGUCCCGCUGUUGUUUGAGAGUGGUUGGGAGCGGUACUGUGGGACGGUUCUUGUGGUUGGGGUGUCAGAUCCUAAGAUCCAGAUGCGGAGACUCAGGGAUAGAGAUGCACAUCUUACGGAGGAGGAUGCGCGGAAUCGGGUUAUGAGUCAGGGUGAUGUGAGGGAGAAGGCGCAACGGUGUUUGAGGAGAGGGCCGGGGAAGGGCGUGGUUGUGUGGAAUGAUGGGGAUAAAGACCAGUUAAAGCGCGAUGUGGAGAAGGUCAUGCAGGAUGUGAGAAAGGGGAGUCCGAAGUGGUGGAGCUUGCUGCUUUGGUUGUGUCCGCCGCUGGCGGGGAUUGCGGGGUUGGCUAGUUGGUGGAAGAUGAGGAGGGUUCAGUUAGCUUGGGAAGAAGAGAAGAAGAAGGAUAAGGUGAAGCUGUGAGAGUGGGGUUGGUUGAAUCGCAAAGGCGUUUCUAGCUUGACGACCAACGCGGGUAGGUAUCAUGAAGCUUUGAGUAUCAUUUCUACGUGCUCCUCUAGGGCUUUCCUGAAUGCUCUGUAGCCUCUUUGAAUUCCGACCCUUUCGGAACUCCUCAAUACUUAGUUCCCUUGUAUCCCAUUCGCAAGACAGUGUCACUAGCAGCGCUAUUCCGCUGAGUGAGGGUUGGGAUCAGACUAAGUGUAAGGAUAUUUCCUUCCUCGCACUAACUUAAAAGGCGGUGACGACGGAAUAAUACAGUGGGAAAGAGUCGGCCACCGGUUGCGAGGUAACAGCGAUCGUCACAUGACAGCAU